AUGGACAACGAUGAAGACAAUAAUAUAGGCACUACGGGUACUUUUACAAACGAAAUUGAUUCUCCAUGUGCUGUAAACUCAUUAAUUCUCGACUACUACAAAAAGUUUGGUAGGAAACGGGACUUGGAACAGUUUUUUUCGUUAUCGACAGCACAAGGGGAAGUUAAGGAUACGAGUGGUUUAUUUUGGAGGAAGAUGAAAAGUGAAAACGAUUCCUCCGAUUCUGGCGGCGGGAAGAGCGAUUCGAAUGCGCAGGAACUUUGUCGAAUAUCCAUUCGAUGUUCAAUGCCUGAAGGUUCCAGCUCACAGUCUGAUGACCCAAACCCUAAAACAGAAUCACCGCACACACAAUCGCCUCCAAUCAUCACUGAUGAUGCACCGGUUGACAUAUCGAGACAGACUGAUGAUGAGUCUUUUAAGUCUGAUGAUAAUCAUUCACAGAAAUCGUUCGAUCCUUUAUCAGAUUUGUCAGCUCAGAAGCCCCUUUCACCUACAAGUAGUAUUACAUCCCAACGUAAAUUGGAAUGGGACUCUCUUGCUGACGUAGGCUACGCUAAUGAAACUGAUCGUAAAACAUCAGCUUCAAGUCUAAGUACUUUAGAAAGACUCGCUUUAAAGCAACAAUACUCAAACAAUGACUCUAAUCAAGACAUUGGACAACCAACAUAUCAUUCUACUCCUGUAGAAGAAAAUGAAACUAAAUCCAAAAUGAAGAAAAGUGUUGCAAGAAAAAUGACAAAAAUAAUCAAAAAGGAUAUUGAUUGCGUUGAAGUUAACUUACCACAUUCGAAAGACACAAAUCCAAGCCAGUCUAUUAAUGUUAACCUCACUAAACAUAUUUCUUUUAACGUAGAGAAAGAUGGAGGAAUUUCAUUUGAUAAUAUUCGAAAAGAUGUUAAUGUUUCUCCAGAAAAAGCAACCAUAAGCCAUGACGAGACCUCACAUUUGCCAAUAGAUAAAGAAAUUCAGACGUCAUUGCCAAAAACUAAAGAUAAGUCAUGCAGUUCUGUGGAAGAAAUAAAACCCAUUGAUCCAAAUAAUCAAAAGAUACCAAUCAUGAUUAGUUUGAACACGUUACGAAAGCGAUUAAGGAUGAGAAAAUCUAGAGCUGUCAAAAGAAGGACAAAAACCAAAAAGAAAAUGUGUGUGACUAAUGAUAUUAGACAUCAGGAAAAAAGCGGAGAACAACUGUCCGAAGCUGAAAGCUUUGAAUACAUGCCAGGACACAUUUAUAACCAAAAUAAAAUGAAAAUUAACGAGGGUAAUGAACCAGAACGGGAACAUAAUAAUGCUGUUGGCAAUAAAUCCAGCUUAGAAUCCAGCUGUGGCCUUACAACUGAUUCUAGUAAAGGAUCCAAACAUUCUCUUACCCAAGAUUUGGAAAAGUGUAUUAAUGUGUUAAAAGUAACUUUACAAAAGCGUUAUGAUGACAGUGAAACAAAAAAGAAAUUAAUCAAAGAAAUAGUGCAAAGAUUGCUCAGCUCGAAAUAUAGAGAUGAUGAUACUAGUACGGAAUUUUUAUCUGGACUUAGUUUUAAUAGCAAGAAGUUGGAUUUAAAGAGAAGUAAUACUACAAGUACUUCUGAUACAAGCAAUACUGACGAAAGUAAAGAAAAAGGGCCCAGAAAGUCUAUCUUACGAAUGGAAAAAUUCGAUUCGAAUGUAGUAGCUUCCACAUCCCAAAGUGCCCCAAACUUAUACAUUGCAACAGAUGCCGAAAAAAAACAUACGAAUCUAAAAAAAGUAUCAACAUCUUUCACGGAGUCUGAUGCAUCUAGUAAAGGUAAAACAUCAUCGGAUAAUGCUCUUCCCAAAACUUCAUCUGAGCAAUUUUACUUAAAGUAUUUAGAAGCUUUAAGACGCGAAGAAUCUUAUAAAAUGCAUUUAAGAGACAAAGAAAUGUUUCUCAAACAGAAGCUGGGUAAUUCUGUCACUACGUUUAAGGCUCCGAACCCCCAGGAAGCAAAAGUUAAUAAUAGACUUAAAGAUCUAAUGAAGGACCUUACGAGAAACAAUUAUGACGAUGGAUCCGGGGAUGCCAGUAAGUUAGAAGGUGGAUCUACUUCUGAUAGAAAUUAUGAUAUCUCUGUUAGAGGAGCUAAAAGCCAAAGAAGUCAUUCAGUAUUUACUUUAUCUUCAAGCCAUUCUGAUUGCCCGAAAAAACCAAAUUUGAAGAAAAAAUUGCUAGUUGAUAGAGAAUUAGAAGCCAGUAGUAGUAAAAAUCAUUAUUGCUGCUGUCCACAUCAUUUUGCAGAUUCUAAAGUCACAUAUGCUGAUAGUUCUGUGCAAGUGAAUAUCAAAUAUCAACAAAUUAAUGACGAUAAUGAAAAAUUAAAUCUGGACCCUUUAGCUAAAUGCCCACGUUGUGAAAAUUAUAAAUAUUCUACUAGACAUGAUGACUGUUCCUGUUCUGAUAAGCCUAAACUAAGUCCACGAGAUAUUGGUACAGGUUGUCCUAAUUGUGGUAAACCUUUGAAGAAUAUAGUACAUGAUUAUAAUACUAAUAAACCAUAUGAGAAAUAUCCUAGAUCACCUAGAACCAUUGCGAAAAUGGUUCCUAAUAAAUUUUUUGAUAAAAAAAAUAUUUGUGUUUGUAAUGAAAGUCAAGUCCCAGUUUGUAGUACCGGUGAUCACCCAAUAUAUCAACGUUGUAAAUCACCUAAUCGUGGCAUUCAUUUUGGGCAUUCUUCCAAUGUGCUGAGUGAGGCCUCAGGCAAGUCUUCUGAUUCAGACGGUAUACAAUUUGUUAGAGCACCUGUUAAAACAGAGCUUGCCACUGACAGUUCCAAGUCUGACAAAAGCUCUAAAGCAAGGAAAUGUUCCCAGUCUUCUCAAACUGAUAUGCAAGUGAGAAUAAACGAAAAGAGUUCUAGUUAUAAGAUCGUAAAUUCCAGUUCGAAAAAUCUGUGCUUAGAAAUGAGAAAAAAACCUGUGAUAAUUCACGAAGCAACUAGAUGUAUUCAGACUGAAAUCAGUAUCAACCCCCAAAUCGCCGAUCCGACUUUAUCGGCUAUUGUUAUUGUGAAUAACUGCGCAGAAUUGAUUGAAGAACAACAGAGAGAAGUAAAUUUGAGUAUAACCAAAACUUCAGAUCAAAGAACAUUUAGUGAUGUGUAUACAAGUAGUGAAUCAGGGAAAUUUCUUUUGAAACCGGGGCACAGUUUAUUCGAUCCAGAAGUCAAAUAUUCUGAUAUGAACAUCUCUGAAUCUAAAGAUUGCCUAAUGGAACCACCUAAAAAGCCUCCUAAUGAUUACGCGAUACCUAUUGAUGGUACGAACAUGACUCUUGUAGUUAGUUUAGCUUCAAAUGAUAUAAAAGGGAAAAUUGACCAGAUAGAUCAAGGAGUAGGCACUGAAAAGUCUCCUAUUGCUGACCAAGGCACCUGCAUAGCCGCAGAGUGCGCGAAAUCUGCGCAGUGUCAACCCAGUACUACUGCAAAUAGUACAAGAAAUACCUGCUGUUCUUCUGAACUCAGUAGUAAGAAAAGCACUAGGAGGCCUUCCUUGAAAAAAUCUUCUUUAUCAAAACCAUCCCCGAAAAGUUCGCCGCAACGUAACACGUACCCAAAAGAAAUACUUGUAAAAGAUAAAAAACCGUUACGACGCUGUAAUACUGAUAUUGACAAAUUAGAAACUCAGUGUGGGGGCUCUCAAACAGAACCUUUUAACAAUAUUGGUCUUUCACUGUCUGAAAAUGAUAAAGCGAAAACCUCUGAUCAUUCUUGUCAAGUAUCAGUCAUUUCUUAUGACAAAAUUAUGGUACGCAGCAGCUGUGAGAAAGAGGAGCAUCUUGAGAGAAAAGAAAUAGGCAUCCAAAAAGACAUAUCAAAAAGUGAAAUAUUUGAAAGAAAAACUACUCCUGAAAUGGUAUCUAAAUGUGUCGGCAGUGAUAUAGAAACAGUACAAACAAACGACAAAGCAGAAAACGAAGAAAUUUUUGGAAACAAAAAUUGUAAAAAAACAUGCACGAAUUGUGGAGGCGACAACGAGAGUGAAUGUAAGUGUGAAAAGGUUCUAGAAAGUAACCUUGCGAAAACCAGAUGCGUGAAGUGUGGAAAUGAUGAUGGGUGCAGUUGUAAUAAUUCCACCAAUAAGAAUCUUAAAGAAUCCGGGUGUGAAGUAUGUUUACAUGAUGACGUACGUGGACGUACCUGCCAUAGCGGAGAAACUCAAGUGCCUGGCUGUAGGAGUACCCAGCUGAGAGAGUGUGGAUGUGAUGAUAUUAGUGACUGUAAACAUAGAACUUCUCAAGGAAAUAGUCUGGGGAAAACGAAGUGUACUGUCUGUGCGGGUGAUAAUUGCAAUUGUAAUGACAAAGAAAUACCACAAACAGAUGUUUCGCUUAACAAACCUUGUGUAAAAUGCGGCUGCUUAGAUUCAUGCCAAUGUGAUUCAGAUAGCAAUGGUGUAAAAGAUCCCAUUAUGGACAUAAUAAAAGACAUAACAAAACGUUAUUGUAAAAAUGACAUGAAGAAGAUUAAGAAGAAAAAAUGCUUUACAGAGAUAAUAACUGUUCUUAAUUAUUUACUAGAAACUGAUGAGAGUACUGACCAAGAACCAUGGCGUGUUAGCACUACUCCCGAGUUCAGUGACAACUGUGACAAAAACUCACUAAUAACCAAAUCACCAACACCAGAUAAGAGGCACACUAAAACGAUUUCACAGUCAUAUAAAGGACUGUUUGAUAAAAAUGCCAAUGAACGUUUCUGUCAAUCAUCAAAAACGUUACCUACACCUGAUAAUAUUGCAAAAAAAACAAUGCCAGGAAAGUCUUCAAGGUGUUGUGAUAAUACAAAAGAACCUAUAAGAUCGUCAGAAAGUAAAUGUCCGUGCAAGCAUGGAAAUGGCGGUCAACUGACUUCAAAGUGUACCAGUAAAGAUUGUUUUGAGUCUUCAGAUAUGCCCUGUUCUACAGAAUUACCAUCUACUUCAGAUUCCACUGCUUGCAAAAUUUUAAAGAAAAUAAAGAGGGAAUGCGAGAAAUACCAUUUAAGACGUACUAAGUGUGGACGAAAGUGUAAAAUUUCUAGUAGUACUUCUAUUAUCUGUGACCAGUGUAAGAAGACCCAUUAUUGCGGUUGCAGACACAAAUGCAAAAGAUCUAAAACUUUUGACAAGGUACAAAAAAAAUGUGUUGCUUACAAUUUAAUUUUGCAAACAUCAGAAAGCAUGUUGAGUGAAAAUACUAUUGGCGAUAAGUGCCCACCUCUUAAGAACGUUGUUGUUAAAGUGCCGAAAUGUAAAGAUAAGUUUCGCAUGGAGAUGUGUAAAGAGACUAUCCAUAAAGCCGAGAAAGACAAGGGUAGAUAUCACUAUAGUCCUCGUGGUCAAAGGUCAAAGAGUUGUCCCAAAGAGAGCGAGCCGUCAAGUACCGAUGAUUUUAUUCGGCGAACUCACCACUACACUGUUAGAGAAUAUUUGGAGAAGAACAGGCCUGAUUUUGUGGAGAAGUGCGCUAAAAGACAAACGUGUUUGAAAUACGUCAAUGAAAUCAGACCUCAAGACUCUGCUUCACCACAUCUGAAUAUGAUUGUUGUACACCAACCAAGUUGCUCGGGGUCUUUGGCAAAUAAUCCAUGUGUACCCUUAUGCUACAAUCCUUGUGACGUGGCUUCAUGUAAUCCAGAUCAUUGUACCCAAUGUGAUUCUUAUAAUCUUCAUACAAUAAAAGAAGUGAUGAGAAUUGGUGAGUUCUAUGUCUUAGCAACCGAACGGGCAGCCAGCCGUGACCUGCUGUCGAUGUACUUGCACAGGGAACCGGACCUGACGACCCUCAGUUCUGAACAGCUUCGAGAACUUGCACAACAGAUUGGUUUUGAUAUUAGACGAAAGAAAACGGCACCAAAAUUCAUUAGUGAGCAUGAAAUGAAGAAGCACUCGAAAAACAUUUACAAAACAUUGCCAGAAGUUGUUCAGAAGAAAGAGGAAAAGAAAAAAGAAAAUAUCAAGAAGACCAAUUUGUUGAUGGCUAAUAUCUUUAAAAAGCCAAAACCCAAUUCAAUGUUACAUAUCCCAAAUAAAAUGGGGGUAAGGGCUGAUAAAUGUUGA